AUGGAGUUUAAGGGUAACUCGAAAUCGGGUUCAUCCUCAAAAUCCAAGAGAUCUGAACAAAAACAGCAGCAGCAACAACAACAACGGGACGACGAGAUAAGGUAUCUAGGAGUGAGGAGAAGGCCAUGGGGAAGAUACGCGGCCGAGAUAAGGAACCCUACGACUAAGGAGAGGUAUUGGUUAGGGACCUUUGACACGGCCGAGGAAGCAGCCUUGGCUUACGACAGAGCCGCUAGGUCGAUGAGAGGCUCAUCGAAUGUUGCUCGAACCAACUUUGUCUACUCUGACAUGCCACGUGGCUCCUCGGUCACGCCCUUUGUCUCCCCUGACGAAUCCUACCGGUUCAUCUCCGAGAUAUUCAACUCUCCUAACAAAGUCGAAAACUAUACGUACAACAACCAAUACCCAUUAGUGAAUAACCAAACCCCGCUUCACUUCUCGUGUAACAACAACAACAACGAUAGUCUGAACGCUGAGCCCGUGAAUGUGAAUGUUGAAGGAUGGUUUGAAGGAGCGGAAUGCAGUUAUCAGACAGUGGAUAGCAAUGUCGUUCAAAGUCAUAACCAUGAGCUUCCUCCUCUGCCUCCAAGCACUUGUUAUGGAGCUGAACUAACACUUCCCCAGACCGAUUUCUACGCAAAUUCGUAUUUGGGACAGUCGUCGUGCCAAGAUGUAAACGGACUCAAUGCUGCGUUCGGCAUGGAAGAGUUUGCGUUCAGACACAACAGCUUCAUGGAUCAAGACCCGCUUUCCUGUACGGGCAAUGACGGGUUGGAUUUGGAUUUCGAUUCGGCCUCCGGAUUCUUCUUACACUAA